UCCGUUCUUUUGGAAACCUCCCUAGGUGACAUUGUAAUUGAUCUUUUUACUGAAGAAUGUCCAAAGACAACCUUGAAUUUCCUAAAACUCUGCAAAAUCAAAUACUACAAUUUCUCGCCAUUUCACAAUGUUCAAAAAGACUUUAUGGCCCAGACAGGCGAUCCGACUGGCAAGGGUGAGAAGGGAGAAUCGAUCUACGGCAUCCUAGAGGGCCCAUCCAAAAGAUACUUUCCAGCAGAGAUCAACCCAAAACUCAAACAUACCAAGCGCGGCACAGUCUCAAUGGCCGUUGCUCAGGAUGCAUCAGUUGAGAGCGGCGGUGUGAGCGGAAGUCAAUUCUUCAUUACACUUGCAGACGAUUUAGAUUACCUGGAUGGAAAGUACACCGUGUUUGGUGAGGUCGCUGAAGGAUUUGACGCGCUCGACAAGAUCAACGAGGCAUAUUGUGACAACAAGGGCCGGCCCUACAGAGACAUUCGUAUUCGACACACUGUUAUUCUUGACGAUCCUUUCCCGGAUCCAAAAGGACUAGAGAUUCCGGAUCGAUCGCCAGUACCAACAAAGGAACAGCUCGAGUCAAUGCGGAUUGCUGAAGACGAGGAGAUUGAAGAACAGGGUGAUCCCCAAGAGAUUGAGAAUAGACGGAGAGAGCGUGAGGCAAGAGCACACGCCUUGACUUUGGAGAUGGUUGGUGACUUGCCAUUUGCUGAAGUUAAACCACCAGAAGAUGUAUUGUUUGUUUGUAAACUCAAUCCAGUUACCCGUGACGAGGAUCUGGAGAUGAUCUUUUCUCGCUUUGGGCACAUCAAUAGCUGUGAGAUCAUUCGUGAUCGUCAGACAGGUGAUUCACUUUGCUAUGCGUUUAUUGAAUUUGAUAAAAAAGAAGACGCUGAAGAGGCUUAUUUCAAGAUGCAAUCUGUGUUAAUUGACGAUCGCCGCAUUCACGUUGACUUUUCGCAAUCUGUCUCCAAACUUCAUAGAGAUUGGAUCACCAAACGCUUACAGGGUGGUAACGAGUCUAUGGGUGGAUUUGACAACCUUCAAAAGAGAACCCGUUACAGAGAAGGCGAGGGAGGCAAUUCACGGGGUGCAGAUUACGAACUUGUGUUUGAUUCUGAGGAGAGAAAGAGCGGCGCGGGCCCCGACAAGAAACGACAGAAAACUGAAACAAAACAUGAGAAGUCAACCUCAGAAGACAAACCUGACCAUAGUCGAUCAGAACGAAGAUCAGAACAUCGGUCAGACCACAGAGACAGUCGAUCGGAUAGAAAAUCCGACUACAGUAGAUCUGACAGGCGCCCAGACUACCGAGACAGCCGAGACAGUAGAGACAGUAGAGACAGCCGAUCUGACAAUAGGGAUAGUCGGUCA